AUGUACAUCGACACGUCCUCCAUCCUCCAGACCUUCGCCAGCUCGCUCAUCGCAACCGCCCUCCAGUACGGGUGGACGCCCGACUCGAACGCAGCCGACUUCAAGGGAUACGGCAAAGUGGCUGAUUGCAGCCUGUCAGGCUUCGUGCCCUCGUUCCCGUCAAACCAGACCCAGCUCACGAUCCCAAGCAUCUUGGAGCCGCAAUUCAUCGGCCUUGCCUUCGGUGUGCAAAACUACACCUGCUCGUCUAGUAACAACUUCACGAAUGUGGGCGCAGUCGCCGAGCUCAUCGACGUCUCCUGCUACGUGAACGCACCUUGGUUCGACACCAUCCAGGACACGCUCUUCCCCGCCUGGGACGAGCUCUCACAGUCCAUGUCCAUCCAGCAAGCGAUUGAGUUUGUGCACUUCCUCAACCCGCCCGCGAAUCUCGCGCAACACUAUUUCGUGCCGAACCCUGCCACCGGCCAAGGCGUCUCCCCGAAGUGGGACUUCACGUCGAACGGCAAGUUCCAGGGCAACACUGAUGCGUUCAUCGUCGCGAAGGGUAACGGCACGCUCCCGAGCCCGGAUGACCCGAAGAAGGACGUCGCGUGGCUGGAGGUCCUGAAUGUGGAGGGCAAGGUUGCGGCUGAGGUCUUCCGGAUCGACACGGUUGGCGGCCAGCCUCCGUCGUCUUGCGCGUACGGUAAGGACUCCGACAUAUCUGUGAAUUACGUGUCAAAGUACAGUAAGUCUCGAUUGCUCGCAGCUGAAGGAAUUCCCAAGCUUACCUGA